GUAAUUGUACUACCCAUGAGUUUCAAGGGUGUUCUGAAUGUGGUCAUGAGGAAAACUCCUGAUAUUGGCGAUGCAUCAUGUGCAAGUCCUGCGGUAAGAAAAAUCACUUUCGCAGGAUCAACAGCUGUGGGAAAGAAGUUGAUGGCUGGUGCUGCUGAAACUGUUAAAAGGCUUGCAUCAAGGUUCCGUAAUAGUGGACAGACAUGUGUUUGUGCAAACAGAAUAAUCGGGCAAGAGGGUAUCUUUGACAAAUUUGCAGAUGCUUUUUCAAAGGCUGUUCAGAGCAUGCAAGUUGGAGAUGGAUUUAGUGAAGGUGUGGCGCAGAUUGGAGGUGAAUGUGCUUUGACAAGCCGAACUGGACUGGGGACCAAUCCAGGUCGGGGGAGAUGA